AAAAGUAAUGAGUUAAUAAGAAUUAUAUAUAAAUCACAAAAUGACAUCCAAAAAGUUAGAUCCAUCAUUCUUCAACAAAAAUAAUAAUAGCCGCAAGUAGCCUUAAUGCAGAGUUUAAUUUUCCAUUGCUUGUUUUUUAAUUGCAACGCGUUCGGAACAGGAUCUGAUUUCAGAAAAGAGAUUUUUUACAUAAUUCAUCAAAGUGCCAAUUUGCCAAUCUGCUUGAAAUCUAAAAUCAUAGUUAUAUCAACAAAUUUCCUGAAAAAAUCAUGAUAUUAAUAAAAAUUGGCAACUUUGCAUUUCUUGAUUUUUAUUACACAAGUUUCUACCUUAUUGUUUUAAUAUAUACUAUUAUCAAAAUCGCAAAGAACAAGCGUGCGUGAUAAUAAAAGGUAUACAGUAAAGAUGACAAAUAAAACGUUAAGCGAAGCAUCGAAUUCGAGACCACACACGAUUUGCCCGUAGAAUCGGUAGAAGGGGCUACCAGGGGCCACUAACAAAGUGUUUGUGAUACACGUGGUGGUUUCUUAGGGUGCGCGCCCCCUCCACCCGUCCUACGGGUGAGCCGCGGCUUGAAUCUAACAUCGCUCCGUGGUUUCAUUCCGUGUGUGUAAUUCGCCGCGUUGUACAUAAACGUAGAAAAGACGAAUUUUAAGAAGAAGGAUCAGAUUAAAUAUACAUGAGUACUUGAAAUACUGUUCGCUAACCGCGGACACUGCACAAUAAAGGAUUUUAAAAAGUAGCGGAAAUCUUUUUUAUAAAUCAAAAGAUGAUGAUGUAUGGUAUCUCUCUUCUCGUACUUGUACUAAUAGAUAGAUCAUUUUCAACAAUUAAUUAUUGGGAGUGCGGGGAGAGGUUUAAACCAAAACACCUGACCGUUCAAAACAUGCAAAAUCAUACCCAUCCAAUUGAAGAUUGUCCUCCCGUCGAGGUUCCCAGUAAUAUAAACAUUGUCACAGACAACAGCGGAGCAAGCGGUUACUUUCCUGGUGUUGUAAAGGUUGUAUUUCCACCUCCUAUAAUACAAUGUGGGUAUACAGUAACUUUAUUGGUCAAUCCUUCGAUUCAAAAUAAAGAUGAAUGUGAAACUUAUCUGUUUGAUGAAACAAAUAAUCUUUAUCAGAAAACACAUACGCUAGCCAGGACAAUAUGUCAUCUCAUGGCCGAAGAUGAUCGAGCUAUCGAGUAUGAGAAUAACAUUGUGCUUAGAUAUAGAUAUGUCUUUCCAGGAUGCUAUGCACUUUUGUUUCGUAUGUCUGAAUAUACAGUUGUAACAGGCAAGCAAUUUGUGAACACUAGUUAUCAACAAAAUGACGUUACUAAACCGCUGGUCUUCUGUAGAACAAAAAGAGGUUCUAAACACAGACAAGAAUUCCUGAUAGAUAUAGCGCUACCAUCAGACACAGGAUACGAUCUUAAUUGGGCAGUGUAUUUGAUGAAGCAAGAUAAAAAUUCUAAUUGUCACUUGCCAUCGUACAAAGAACGCAAUGAAACAUUUGGAGUCGAUUUGGAAGUGAGUCCUCGGAGAAACACAUUUACAGAUGAAAAUUGCAGUGUAAAAUUGGUGCGCAGGGAAAGUGAUGGAGAAUAUGAAAGUAAGCUAGUACGAUGUCACCUUCAACAAGACUCGCCACCUGGAAAUUAUUGUUACUUUUAUUCAUUGUUCGAUAAUCGAUGUCAAACGGGUACUGUAUGGAAGCCACCGUAUUCUGUAGAUAACGCAAAUCCUAACAGAUUUACGUAUACAUGUGAAUGGGUGUCGCCCUGCAUGGAAAGUCAUAUAAAUUGGCCGUCUAUCUCAGAAAACACUCGGAUGAUGAAAUUGGAUGAUUUGUACGGAAUCUCGCAAUGCAACGAUGAUACUUGUUUCAAAUCUAGGAUCAAUUUCGGUAUUAGUGCCAUUUCGGACAAUGACAGCGAGAAGAGCAGGAUUAUCAAACGCGACAAUCCUUCAUGCAAUAAUAUCGUUCUUCUUUAUACUAACAGUUCAACAUUUUUUAUGACAUUGAUGAAAGGUGUUCGCGAACAGCUAGCUAAAAUAUGCUCUUGUCCCGUGCACGACUGGCAUGACGAAGCUGUAAAGAACGAAGUGUCCAGGGUUGGUGUUUCUGCAUGGUUUACCAAACUACUUAAUAAUGGUAGCCGCAUCGUUUGGGCAGAUACGCCGACUACGAGAUCCAUCAUUAGAUCAAACCUGGAGCAAAACAAUUGGAAGAAGGUCAAUAAAUGUUACCAAAUAGAGGAUCACACCGAUGAGGCAUGGUUUUGUAUGCUGUUCGUAAUAGCGAGACGUCAGGAAAAUCGAAGCAAGACAAUAAACGACGAGGCGCAGCGGUAUCCCAGGCAUUUUGUCGCAGCGUUCGAUGAUUUGGCAAUCAAGGGAGAAAAAUUAAAAGUGGAAAGCACGGAAAAUGCGAACGAUCCAUUUUUAGAACUCUCUUCUCAUGGACGAUAUUACAUCCCGCAGGAUCUCGACCUGUUGGGUGCAGACUUGUCGGUGAAACGACGAAUUUAAUAAAUAUAAAAGACGAUAGACUGGUCAGAAGACCUUUAUUUUCUUAUACCAAAGUCUCAUGGGCGC